AUGAGCUUUCUAACUGGGCUCUCCUCUGAGUUUGAUUCUGCUAAGGCACAAGUUCUUUCUUUGUCUGAUAUAUCCUCUUUACAAGAUGUCUUUAGUCAUGUUCUCCGCACGGAAAUAACACCACUCGUUUCGCUUAAUGGUGCCUUGGUAAGUCGCAAUAAUAAUUAUGCUCCUGGGAGAUCAUUUAAUCCAAGUGGAAACAAAGGAGGUAGUUCACAAGAAUUUGACACUCGAACGUUGGAUUUGGAGGCAUUAUUUGCAACUAUUUUCUCCAAGUAUCAAGAAUCACUUAAGUCUUCAUCUCCUUCUAUCACUGCUAUUGUUGAUUCGGGUAAAACUAAUGUGUGCCUUCUUUCCUCAUCCUCAAAAUGGGUCAUUGAUUCUGGUGCCACAAAUCAUAUGACAUGUAAUUCUAGUCUCUUUACUUCAUUUCAGUCUUCUGCUUCUACUUCUACAGUUACUUUAGCCGAUGGGUCACCAUCUCAACUUACUCGUAAUCUCAAUUAUUAUGUCUCAUUUUUUCCUGAUCAUUGCUUAUUUCAAGAUCUUAUGACGAAGAAGAUUAUUGGUAAAGGACAUGAAUCUGGAGGCCUCUACACUCUUGAUACAUCGCCACCCAGCUCUAUUGCUUGCUCUAGUGUUCUUUCUCCCUUCGAGGCUCAUUGUCGGUUGGGUCAUCCAUCUCUCCCUUUACUAAAGAAGCUUUGUCCUCAAUACAAUAUGUUGUCUUCCUUAAAUUUUCAUUCUGAUGUUUGGGGUCCUUCCCCUAUUUUGUCUAAACCUGGAUUUAGGUAUUUUGUUACAUUUGUAGAUGAUUAUGCUCGUUUUCCACAACGUGUUUUCUCAUUAAUCGAAUGUCGUCCUCUGUUGUCCUCUGUUCUUCAAGGUGAGGAACCUUACACAAUUCUUUUUCCGCAAAAGUCUUUGUAUCCUAUUGACCCUAAGAUAUUUGGUAGCACUUGUUUUGUUCGGGAUGUUUGUCCACAUUUCACUAAAUUAGAUCCCAAGUCUUUGAAAUUUAUUUUCCUUGGUUAUUCUCGUCUUCAGAAAGGCUACCGGUGUUAUUGUCCCAGUCUUAACAAAUAUUUGGUCUCCAUUGAUGUCACUUUCCUCGAAGAUACACCUUAUUUCCCUUCUCUUCCCAUUCCCACUUGUCAGGGGGAGGACGAUGAUUUGUUGGUCUAUUCUAUCACAUCUUUUUCUCCUGACUUGGACCUAUCACCAAUCUCGCAACCUGUUCUUUUGAAGCCUCCUAUUCAUCAAGUUUACUCUAGGAGACAACCUCUUGAUUCAUGUCCUACACCUGCUCUUUCGUCAUCAAAUCCAGACUUGAGCGAUGAUCUUCCAAUUGAAUUAUGCAAAGGUGAACGCCAGUGUGCUUAUCCCAUUUCUUCUUUUGUUUCUUAUAAUAACUUGUCGUCUUCCUCUUACUCUUUCAUUGCUUCCCUUGAUUAUUUUUCUAUUCCUAACACUGAUCGUGAAGUCAUAUCUCAUCUUGGUUGGCAUAAUGCAAUGAUAGAGGAGAUGAAUGCUUUAGAUGAUAACGGUCCUUGGGACUUGGUAAAUUUACCUUCAAGGAAACGGACUAUCAGUUGCAAAUGGGUCUUCAUGGUUAAGGCCAAUUUGAAUGGCUACUCAUCAUUGGCCUUACAUCAACUUGAUAUCAAGAAUGCUUUUCUUCAUGGUGAUCUUCAGAAGGAGGUGUAUAUGGAGCAACCUCCUGGUUUUGUUGCUCAGGGGGAGUUAGAGCGAGUUUGUCGUCUUCAAAAAUCUUUAUAUGGUUUGAAACAAAGUCCUCAUGCUUGGUUUGGAAAGUUUAGUCAGGCUAUUGAGAAAUUUGGUAUGAUGAAAAUCAAGUCUGAUCAUUCUGUGUUCUACAAAUGA